UGCCUUUUAAGCAGCUAGAGGGAAGUUGAUGAAUUAGUUUGCUGAGUUUGAAUUCACUGGCUGAACCAUUUCCAAUUCACAUCCAGAGAUCUCUUCGCUGCUUCUUCUUUGAUGUGAGCUUGUUUGGUGAGGAGUUUCAUGGCGGCUCUGUCUGUGAAUAUGGUGACAGCCAACCUGUUACUGAGUGUCUUCUUUCUGUCAGGUGCUUUGGCUGCUUGUCCUGAGUCAAACCUCUUCAUUACCACACCACAGAACAUGGAAGCACUGACUGGAUCUUGUUUGCAAAUCCCAUGUAACUUCAGUGCUAGACCUGAAAAGCUGUCAGACUAUAGAACAAAUAUCACCGGAGUGUGGAUUAAAAAUGAUCCCAGAUUUCACAACAGACCAGAAAAUGUGAUUUUUAAUGGUAGCAAGACAAAUAACAAAUAUCCAAUGAACAUUACUGGAAACCUGAAUCAGAGAAACUGCACCACUCUGUUUUCUAGUUUAAUCACUAAGUACACAGACACAUACUACUUCAGAAUUGAGACCAGGCCAUUCAUAGCAACAGCUAUUUGUGAUCCUCUUCAUAUAACAGUUAAAGAUUCUCCUACGAGCCCCAGGAUUGAGAUCUCAGGUGAGCUGAAGGAGGCGGAGUCUGUGACUAUAACCUGCUCAGCUUUAACUCCCUGUCCACACUCCCCUCCUAAACUCACCUGGAACCUCCAACAAGACCCUCACAACAAAAUAGAGGAAAACACAGAUGGAACCUUUACAACUAAAAUCCAGGAGACCAUCACUCUGUCAGACAGACGUGACGGAUACAACAUCACCUGUUCUGCCAGGUAUCCUGUGAAUGAAGGAAGAGAUGUGAAGACAGCAGAGGGGGAAAUGACUCUCAAUGUUUCAUAUGCCCCCAAGGACACCUCAGCGUCCAUCAGUCCCUCAGGUUUGGUGUCAGCAGGUAGCUGGGUGAACCUGACCUGCUCCAGCAGAGCCAACCCUCCUGUCAGCCGCUUCACCUGGUUCAAGAAGAGCACAGGUGGAGACCUGAGCGUAUCUGAAGGAGCCUUUUACACUUUCAAUGUCACAGAUAAGGGAGUUUAUUACUGUGUGGCCACCAAUGAUGUCGGAAAUCAGACGUCACCUGAGAUCCAUCUGUCUGUUGAAGGAGAGUCUCUACCAUGGGGACCGGUUCUUGGAGGAAUCGUUGGGAUCAUCGUUCUCGUCUGUUUGAUCGUCUGUUUGAUCGUCUGUGUUUGGCGAGUAUCACAAAUCAAAGCAAAGCUGCACAUCCAACUGGUUGAAGUCAACAAGUCCAACUGCACGACAGACUCAGGUGGGAAAACACCACACGUCCCUAGUCGAACGGGUGAAGAGCCGGCUGUGGCCGAGUCAACCAGGAAGACAGAAGAAGACGACGACAUCCAUUAUGGAGAGAUCAUCUUCUCCGAGCGGAGACCUGAACCGUCCUCGGCCUCCCUGCAGGACAGUGGACCGCAGCAGGACAUGGUGUACGCACAGGUCAAAGUGUCCAAGAAAGCAGACAGGUCCACAGAGACAGCUGACGGCCUCGAGGAUCUCUACGCUCAAGUGAAGAAGAAAUGAGCAGUUUGUUCUGUGUAAAGACGAAGGUCACAUCUGAAGAGGAUUCAUGUUAAAUGAGCCUUUAUGUUUUUUUAUACAGCGUCUUUUGAGUCUAAACAUGAAAAUGUAAUUUUGUCUACUUCCUUUUUUUAUUUCAGUAAUCAGCUUUUAUCAUGUGGCUGUGAACAAGGCGCCAGUCUCCAUGACGCCAGAAGUAUCUCUGCUCGCACAUUUAUAGUGCUGGCUAUUUUUAGUACAAGAUCAUGUUUGAAUUUAAAUGUUUUUAAUGUUUCUUAUGUAUUCUCCCAUUUUCUUCUUUCACGUGUUUUAAUGACUGAAAAACUAAAGAAAACUAAGAUUAAAGAUUUUGGUUCUGAAUUUCUGUGGAAAUUAACUUUCUAAAUGAACUGUAAUACUCAAUCAUGCCACAUGGUGGCGCUGUAACAUGAAACUAGCCAGUAAAAACACUCCACACUGGUUCUGUGCUUAUAAAGCCGUGAUGUCAUGGAGGAAGUCCAUCUUUAUACAGUCUGUAAUUAAAUCAUUGUUCAGUCUGAGCUGUUAAACUUCUAUGAAGCUUCUGAAGGUUCAUUUGCAUCGAUAAUGUUCAUAAUAAAAUAAAAGUAAAACACAACAGUGAAACUAUAUUUUAAAAGUUGUUAUUUAAGAAAUGCACUUAGCAUCUUCAAAAGGUAAAAUAUUUUACAAAACUUAUACAAGAGGCUUUUAGACUGGAGAUUUAUUCAGCAGACGCCAAUAGUUUAUUUAUCAUGCUAAUGAUGUAGCAUUUCCAGACGGCAGGUUUUUGAGGGCCUCACUGCGACGCAGUAAAAUCCCAUCUGUCACAUUAAUGUGCUCGACCUGACCCACUUCCUGUGGCACAUAUUACGCAGAAGGUGAGUUCACUGUUACAUGAAUAUACUGUGAACUCUGAAUUCUUAUGUAGUUGCAGUGUAUAGACUGUAGAAACAGGUGAGGGCAGGUAAGUAUGUAAGUGUAUUUAUACUGUUUAUAUAUUCACACAAGUGGUCUCAAAAAAAUAAAAUAAAAAUCUAUUUAUUCUCCUACAUUAUUUACUGUAACUGGUUCUAAAGUGAUUCUGUAUUAAUUAAAGAGAUGAAUGUAAAUGUAGUUUCUGAAGAAGAACCAUGUUUCUGUUGACAAAUCAUGUUUUUAUUUCUCCCAUAUGUAACACACCGCAAUAAUCAUAUGGCAAAAGAACAUAACAGAUAUAAUUGGAAAUAAAAUGUAAAUAAACUUAGUAUAAUCUGUGACGACAUACAGGCUAAACCGAAAACUUUACAAAGGUGACAUUAGAAGCCCAAAAUCCUCAAUGCAAGAAAAUGAAAGGAUUUAUAAAACGACACCAAGUGCCUCGUCCAAACUCCACACAGGAAACAUAAGAAUACUCAGUGAUGAUAUUCUAUUGCAUCUAGAAUUUAUGAAAUCAAACACACAAAAUGCAAAAUGCUCUCCGGCUAGAACGACUUCUCAUGGCUGAGCGAAGUUUUUAUUCAGCACAUGAGCGGGAUGCAAUCCACACAGCAAGACAACGACCCUAAACACACGACUUACUGGAUACACACAGGUACAACAUGUCUUUCCAAAACACACACAGGAGCCACGUAUCAAAAUAAUCUGCGACGUACAGAAAUCUGGAGGCCGGACGUACUCACACAGUCUGUUCAGAUCUCAGUCCACAUCAGCUGUUACUGUGAGGUGGAGGUGACAGUUCAAUUAUGACACUUUUAUUUAUAGUUAAUAAUAAAAAAAGACAGGAGGAACAGAAAGACACAGUGUGUUAGUUCAUUCCUUCACUGCUGUGCCGUGUGAUCUGUCCGCGUAAAAUACACUACACUCACCUGAACAUGAAUUAAAACUCAGGAUAAAUAAACCAUUAAACUUGAGAGAUCUUUAAACCUUUUCUCUAUUCAAUUGUUAUUGUCUUUAAUUCCUCCCCUCAUCCCUCCGUCCUCCCUCCUUCUGUUGCAUCGUUCCCCAACAAAAGCCAGUUUUCCUUCCUGUUCUCAAACUCGUCUCUUAAAGACAGAAGUCAGAUCCAAACCUUUUUCCUUCCUUAUUUCCUCCUCUGCUCCUUUUCUUUUCCUCCACCAUCCUUAAAGAAUAAGUCUGGUGAUAUUUUAAAGUAGUUUUCUUAUUGUCAACAAAUAAAAAAAAGACAGAAACCAACAGUGUGUUCGUCGUCUGUCAACACGUCUCCUCUGUCUGUGGCUCUCAGCCCGUUGGUUCCUACUGAAGAUAUAAACCUUCAAAAAUAAAAUUAAAAGUUCACAAAUAUAUAUUUUAAUUAAUAGACUUUCAUUCAUUUCCUCAAACAGCUUCUCACUGUAGCUUUUAUCAAACAAACAGGAGGAAAUGGUGCAUUUGUUGGGGACUACUUUCAGCGGCGGAUUAAUCCACAUUUGGUGCUGUAGUGAGUAUCAGUGGCAGCAGGACGGUGUGUGUGUGACUGAGUGUGAAUAAACUACAGUGUGUGUGUCCAUGGUGAUGAAGGAACUUGUCUCCCGGGGCAACAGUGAUGUGUUUUAAUAGUUAUUGAACAGUGGCGUUCUGUGGCUCCGAGGAAUCAGACACAUCAGGUGAUGCGUGUUAGUUUUGGUCUUUUUAUUUUCUAUUGACAAAUUAAAAA